AGAAUAUAAAUGGGCCGACUUGUGUGGAGCGUGUGUCCGCCUCCCGCAGGCUGUUUACUGUGAGCUGCUGUACUGAAUCUCUCCGUACUUGGGGAGUGGAUCAUCGUAGCACUCAUUAUGCGCUGACACCAGGCAGCUGCAAGGAUGGCCGGGAACUUUUUCCUCUCCUUAUUUGACUACAAAACGGAAAAGUUCAUUGUUGCCAAAAAUAAGAGAGUUGGAGUUUUGUACAGACUUAUUCAGUUAUCUGUCAUCGGUUACAUUAUAGGGUGGGUUUUCCUAAGCAAGAAAGGCUACCAGGAGACAGAUGAGGCAAUCCAGAGUUCAGUCAUAACAAAACUGAAGGGAGUCUCAGUGACAAACACCUCUGAGUCUGGUUUGCUGGUGUGGGGCCCAGAGGACUAUGCCAUCCCACCACAGGGUGAAGCGGUUCUAUUUAUCGUAACCAAUUUCUUUGAGACACCAAACCAGAAGCUGGGAUACUGCGCUGAGAGCCCCAAAGUUCUGGAUGGACACUGCAGAAAUGAUGAUGAGUGUAAAGAAGGAAAGAUUGUGGUGGCUGGUAAUGGAAUCAUGAGUGGCCGAUGCUUGAGAAAAGAUAAAAAUUCCACUGGUACCUGUGAAAUCUACGCCUGGUGUCCUGUUGAAAGAACAUUCAAACCAGAACGACCUCUGCUUGCAAAUGCUGAAAACUUCACAAUCUACAUCAAGAAUUUCAUUCUCUUUCCAAAAUUUGGUUUUACAAAGUCAAAUGUUCUUGAAACAACUGAUGACUCCUAUUUGAAGAAGUGCCGAUAUGAUGAGGAGCUCCAUCCCUACUGCCCCAUCUUUCGCCUGGGGGACAUCACCAAGAGAGCUGGAUACAACUUCCAGGACAUGGCCACACUUGGUGGCUCUGUUGGCAUAAUGAUAGAGUGGAACUGUGACCUUGAUAAAGGUUACUCCAACUGCCAUCCAGUUUAUCACUUUACUCGCCUUGACCUCAGUGUCUCCAACACCACUGUCACAGUCGGGUUUAACUUCAGACACACACGAUAUUUCAAAAAUGCAGCCGGUGAGAGCUAUCGAUCUCUUUUCAAAGUCUAUGGUGUCAGAUUUAACAUCUUGGUGCAUGGAAAGGCUGGGAAGUUCAGCAUCGUCCCAACAGCCAUCAAUGUUGCAGCAGGCCUGGCUUUGAUGGGUGCUGGAACUUUCUUCUGUGACAUGGUCCUCCUUUACCUGAUGAAGAAGGGUGACUCAUAUAGAAAAAGGAAGUUUGAAGGAUUCCGAGAGAAGGAAUCAGUAUCUGAAGAUAGCAGUGCUGACAGAAAGGAUGCAUUGGAGGAGGAAAAUCUGAAAACCAAUCAGUAGUAUCUUACUGCAAUGAGGUGGAGCUUGUGCCAGAUGAUGAAUCUCUUUUUACAUCAUUUGGUAGCUAGAACUUAUGAGAUUAUGUACUGUCUUAACAGAUGCCUGAACACUGUACUGAAGCUUAAGAUGUGUAACUUUUAAAGUUUGUUAAAAUAAUUAAAGAUAUUAUGGAGGCUUUUAUUUUUUGAAUAGAACAACUUUUUAAAUAUCUGAAAUAUUUCUGGUCGAAGAUGUUGUUGAAAUCAGCCAGAUAUCAAGAAUAAAGAUGUGAUAUUUUUUGGAUGUCAAAAUAAUAUAUGUGCAAAGAUUUUUAAGAAUACUGUUUUCUAUUUAUGGGCUUUGUAUCGUAUUUGUUAAGGUUGUAAUUCUGAUCUGGAGGCACGUGGUUGGCAAAACUACUGUACACUAUUUCAGUGUUUACCUACACAACUGUGUGCUGUUAAAUUGUAUAUAUGUAACUUAAAUGUAUUAUCUACAAGGAGACCUCACACAGUGGCUUAGUGGCUAGAGUUUAUGCCACGUAUUAUAACUAUGGUUCAUGUUUAUAGAAUGUGUCAUUAAAUAUAACACUAUGAGUGUUAGGUUUGUGUAAGAUGUUGGUGACAUCAUUAGACGCUGCGGUAGUCACAGAAAUGUUGUACAAACGUAUCCAGGAUUAAAACCACUACUCCUUUGAUUUUA